AGAAAAUCGUCAUCGUAAAACGCGCAAUACAUUUUUUUUCCCCCUUUUUACCUCCCGUCAAAGCCCUCUGGAACACCGACACCCCCGACGUGUGUGUGUCUGCUUCUCAAGCCUGAAAAGCAGCAGAGAGAGGAAAAGAGAGGAGAGAAGAACGAGCCGAUCGUCCACCACGCAUCAACGGAGGACGCGUCAAACCCACGUUUUCAUUUCCGGAGAGCAAAAGCAUAGAAGGGACACCCUCAAAAUCAAAUAAGAAAAUAUAUAUAUAUAUAUAUAAAGAUGGACGCCCCCGAGUAUCGCGCGAAGCUCGCUGCGACGGUGCUGCAGCUGAUGGAGGAGGAAAACGCCCGCCACGUCGCGGCAGACCCGCAGAUGAUGCUCUACAGCCGACUCGGUGACGAGGCCCUGCCGGUCGAGGGCACCGAGCAGCAGGACGGCACGCCGGUCUACCAUCACGCGAAGGUCCGCGAUGGAAGCGCCUUUGACGACGUCGCGCACGAGUGGUACAACGGGCCCAACUUUGUGCAGCGCUUUGAAUCCAUCUGCAGGAGCCGCGGCAACAAGCGGGCCUUCGCCUAUCGUCCCACCAUUCGCGUCAGCGCGGAGCUGGUGAAGGACCCGGAGAGCGGGCUGGAGCGCAAGUUCGAUGUGACCUUCUUUGACGCGACGAAGUACCUGUCGUACACGGAGGUGUGGACGACGAUUGAGAACUUCGGCCGCGGCCUGUGCGAGCUGGGCAUCCCGCAAGAUUGCAAAAUUGCCCUCUACCUCGAGACGCGGUGGGAGUGGCUGGUGUCCGCCUACGGUGUGUGGUCACAGAACAUGGUGCUGACGACCGUCUUCUCGAACCUGGGCGAGGAGGCGCUGAGCGAGGCCUUUGCGGAGACGAGCUGCGCCGCGGUGGUGACGGUCGGCGAGCGGGUGCCGUCGCUCAUUGCGAUGAUGCGCCGCGGUGCGAUGCCGUACUGCGUGCUGAUCUACCUGGAUUCUCUGCCGGCGAAUAUCGAGGCGGAAGGCAUCUCGCUGCGUGCCUGGGAGGACGUGGUGCGGGACGGCGGCUUGUCCGUGAUGCCGGUGCGCAUCCCGACGAACAACGACGACCUCGCGCUGAUCAUGUACACCUCCGGCACGACCGGCGGACCGAAGGGCGUCAUGCACACCUUCGGCAGCAUCACAUCCGGCGUGCGUGGGAUGGGUGAGAAGUGGAAUGAGCUGCUGGGCCCGCUGAAGGCGGACGAGUGCUACGUCGCCGCCCUGCCGCUGUCGCACGUGUUUGAGUUUGUUAUGUGCGUCAUCUCGCUGGCGCGCGGGUGCUGGAUCGGCUUCGGACACCCCCGCACGCUGCUCAACACCUACGCCCAACCGCACGGCGACCUCGUCGAGUUCAAGCCGUCGCUGCUCGUCGGCGUGCCGCGCAUCUUCGACAACUACAAGAAGACGAUGGAGGCGAGCCUGGCCCCGCGCGGGUCGCUGGAGCGCUGCAUCUUCGACCACGCCUUCGCCUCCCGCGUGCGGUACAUGAAGCAAGGCAUGCAGACCCCCUUCUGGAAUGAGGUGGUAUUCCGUCCUUUUCAGGAAAUGGUCGGCGGCCGGGUGCGCAGCAUGUUCGGCGGCGGCAGCCCCGUCAGCUCCGUCACCCAAACCUUCUUCAACGUCGUCAUCGGCGGCUUCAUCCAGGGAUACGGUCUCACGGAAACGAUCGGCAACGGCGCGAAGCAGCUGAUUGGGGAUAAGGAGGUGCUCUGCGUUGGCCAGCCGGAGCGGUGUGUAGAACUCAAGCUGGUGGACACGGAGGACUACAAGCACACGGACAUCCCCGAGCCGCGCGGCGAGAUCUGCCUGCGCGGUCCGAUGCUGUUCAAGGGCUACUACAAGAAGGAGGCGGUGGCGAAGGCGGUGAUCGACGAGGAGGGCUGGUUCCACACCGGCGACGUCGGCGCGGUGGCCGACCGCGGUCGCCUGCGCAUUGUGAGCCGCAUCAAGUCGCUGGCGAAGACCUCCGCCGGCGAGAACAUCCCGAUGGAGUACCUGGAGUCCCUCUACGCGCAGUCCAGCCUCUGCGUGCCGAAUGGUGUGUGUGUGAUGGUGCACCCGUCGAAGAACUACAUUGCCGCCGUGGCCUCGACGACGGAGAGCAGGGCGAUGAUGUUCGCGCGGGAGCACGGGAUUAAAGGCGGGUGGCCGGCGCUGCUGAAGAGCCCCGAGUUCCUUCGCAAGUCGACGGAGGCAUUCCAGGAAAUUGCAAUGCACGCGGGGCGCGGAAGGCACGAGAUCGUGCGCUACGUGCGCCUCGUCGCGGAUCACUGGACGACGAAGAAUGAGCUCAUCUCUGCAGCGAACAAGCCACGCCGUCGCCUGAUUUACGCGCGAUACGCAAAGGAGAUCGAGGAGUUGUUUUCUGAAUAA